CCGGAAGGCUGAGUUUUUAUUGCUCAUGGGAAACUGAAAGUUAAAGAUUCAGUCAGACUGAGAGGAGAGGAGAGGCUCCACGGUGUUUUACAGAACGCUACGAUUGUUAGCAGGCAGAUUAAAGCAGCGAUGGAGAUGGAGCUUAUUUUACUGCUGACCAUCUGCCUUCUGAUGUUUAGUGGGAAAACGUUUGGUAAUGAAACCGGUCAUGUCAAGAUUAUCAUCAAGGAAGAUGAGGAUGUCAUCCUACCUUGCUCUCUCAAAACAAUUCAUGAAGAUGACGAAACAAUUUUUGACUGGAAAAAGGAUGGCAAGGAUGUAUUAUUAUAUGAGAGUGGCACAGUUAACCCUUCCACUCAACAUGAUCAGUUUAGAGGUCGGGUCUCUCAUUUUCGAAAUGGGGCAAAGUCUGAAAAUGCUUCAAUAAAAAUAAUAAAAACAAAGGUGACCGAUAGUGGACAUUACACCUGCUUUGAUAUUAUCCAAAGUCCUCCAGAGAAACGUAACCAAGUUGUGCUUACUGUUGAAUACAUCUUAAAGGACAGAACAGGAGAACAGACAGCGGGUGCUGUUGCAAAGCCAUCAGUCAGCAGGCUCAAUGAAAAUGAUGACUGGGCACUGCUGAGGUGUGAAAUUACUGGUGCUUCUCCUAAACCCACUGUUGUCUGGUAUGACAGUGAUGGAAACAAGGUUUCUGAUAAAGAACCACAGGUCAUUGAACAAGGAGACCACUAUGAUGUGAUCCUGGAGACCACCGUAACCAAGACAGACAAGUAUACCUGCGUAGCCACACAAGAAGGACUUCAUCAUCAGUUUAAUAAAACUACGUCUGUAUAUAUCGCAGGGGAAGAAAAUGGUGCUACCAAUGGGAAUGGUUGGAUCACAUUUGCAAAAUACUUUGGAAUUGUCUUUGGAUGUUUUAUUGGAGGUUCUAUUUUACUAGUUGUUUGGAAGUACCUCCAGACGUUUCAUCCAAGGGGGAAUCCAAAAUAUUCAGCUGGACAAGAUGACACAACCAACAGCCCCUCAGCCCCACUACAAAACGGGGUACAAAAUAACUCUUCAGGUCUGCAAAAUGACCCGACCGGAGUGAUUUGACCAAACAGAUGACAAGACAACUAAAAGAGCUACAAGACAAAACAGAAGAUGACAAGACCAAUGAUAGCAUAAAUCCUUUAAAACAAGCAAGAUAUAAGGAUUCGCCAAUGGGGUGAUGUUUCUCAAUAAGAAGAGUUGAUAUUCAUGUUACAUAAUUUAGUGUUUAAGUAAAACAAAAAGAAAGUGUGAUUUUAGGACAUUUAAAAAGGUUGCCAGUGAUGUGAUGUCAAAGAAAAGUUACUGUGACCCAAAUUAAUUUUGCUCUUUGUGUUAAAACUUCAAGAUUAUAAAGCAAACUAAGAUCAUGCUGGCAUUUGGUUUGUUUAUCACACAUUUGUUCACAAAGUGAUAUGUUUUAUUGAAGAACAUAUUGUUAAAGUUUAAAAUUGAAAGUAGUAAAAUCUUUUUGUAAAUGAA